CUUGCUCUGUGCUUAAUGCGAGACUGUAACCUGGCUCAGGAGGUGUGUCAGCUGGUCAUCAGAGACCUGGGGGGGCUGGAGAUCCUCCUCAAUCUGCUGGACACCGACGAGGUCAAGUGUAAAAUCGGUUCCCUGAAGAUCCUGAAGGAAAUCAGUUGCAACUCUCAGAUCAGACAAGCCAUUGCUGAUUUAAGGGGACUGCAGAGCAUGGUGUCCAUCCUGGACUCUCCUGAUAAACAACUGAAAAGCCUGGCAGCUGAAACCAUCGCUAAUGUAGCCAAGUUCAGACGAGCACGCCGGACUGUGAGGCAGUACGGUGGCAUCCAAAGACUGGUGGAGCUGCUGCACUGCGUUCCUAACUCAACGACACUGAGCGCGGAGCAGGAGAUGGAUGUGGAGGUGGCACGCUGUGGUGCUCUGGCUCUGUGGAGCUGCAGUAAGAGCCGCAGGAACAAGGAGGCCAUCUGGAAAGCUGGGGGGAUCCCUCUGCUCGCCCGCCUACUUAAAUCCCCCCAGAAGAACAUGCUCAUCCCCGUGGUGGGCACGCUGCAGGAGUGCGCCUCUGAGCGGAGCUACAGGAUUGCCAUAGAGAGUGAGGGAAUGAUCAAGGAUUUAGUCAAGAACCUUAGCUGCGACAACCAGGAGCUUCAGAUACACUGUGCGAAUGCCAUCUUCAAGUGUGCAGAGGAAAAGCAGACACGGGACCUGGUGCGGCAGUACAAUGGCCUGCAGUCGCUGGUCACUUUGUUGGAAAAAGCCAACAACAAGCAACUGCUUGCUGCGAGCACUGGUGCCAUCUGGAAAUGUUCCAUCAGCAUGGAGAACGUGGCCAAGUUUGAGGAGUACAAGGCAGUGCAGAUGCUGGUGGCUUUGCUGUCAGAUCAGCCCGAAGAGGUGUUGGUCAAUGUGGUGGGGGCUCUCGGAGAGUGCGCCCAAAGAUCAAUCAACCGUACCACCAUCCGAAAGAGCGGUGGCAUCCCGCCCAUGGUCAGCCUGCUCACUGGAACCAACCAGGCUCUGCUAGUCAAUGUCACCAGAGCUGUGGGAGCCUGCGCCAUGGAUCCAGAGAACAUGGCGAUUAUUGAUCGUCUGGAUGGAGUGCGUCUGCUCUGGUCCUUGCUGAAGAACCCAAACCCUGUGGUCCAGGCCAGUGCUGCUUGGGCAAUCUGUCCUUGUAUAGAGAAUGCAAAGGAUGCUGGGGAAAUGGUGCGUUCCUUCGUAGGCAGUUUGGAGUUGAUUGUUAAUCUGCUGAACUCACCGAAUGCAGAGGUGCUGGCCAGUGUGUGCGCAGCCAUAUCCAAAAUCGCCAAAGAUGAGGAGAACCUGGCUGUCAUCACUGAACACGGAGUCGUCCCCAUGCUGUCCAGUCUCACCAACACUAAGGAUGAUAAGUUGCGAAGGUAUCUGUCGGAGGCCAUCUCACGCUGUUGCACAUGGGGUUCUAACCGCACGGAUUUUGGCAGGGCCAGAGCUGUAGCUCCUCUAGUGCGCUACCUGCGCUCUAAAGAUCCUGAGGUGCACCGGGCCACGGCUGAGGCCCUGUUCCAGCUCUCCAGAGACGAUAACAACUGCAUCACCAUGCACCAGAGUGGCGUUGUCAAGCCCCUCCUCCGCAUGAUGGGAUCGACAGAUGAGAUGCUGCAGGAGGCAGCAGCCAGCUGUGUGGCUAAUAUCCGCCGACUGGCACUGGCCUAUGACAAGGCCAGGUAUGGGUAA